AUGAUGGUCAAUGCUAAUUUGAUGUUGAUGGUGGUCUUGCUGUGGGUCGGGGCAUUAUCAGUGGCCAGUCCUAAACUUCACCGCAACAAGUGGGGAAUAGAUUGUGAUAAAUAUAUUCUGCCAAUAAAUGCAAUAUGGACACCCAGGGCCAGCUGCGAAGAUAAUAAACGAUUCAGAUGCCAAAUCGGCUAUGUAUCACAAAUCCAGACUAUAUGUAAAAAGGGUGAGUGGUCUAUGGAACCAACUUGUCAAGCUGUAGAGUGUCCACAAGGUAUGAAUAUCACUAACUCUGAUAAAGUAACCGAAUCUGGUAUUUACGGUGGAGAAUUUAGUUUUAACUGUUCAGUUGGCUACACUAAGAAUGGUGGGACGGGUACUCUGAAGUGUGGUGAG